AUGACCUCUUCCCAUACGGAGCAACGUCGGCAUCGUUAUAUCCCGCGAAUCAGACGAACAAGAUCCUCAUUCGUGCUGGUCACCUCCAUAUUCAUCAUCCUCUUCACCACGGUGUCCACAGUCGUGUGCUCUAUGCAGGUGUCGAACCCCACCCUGGGCGUCAUGUCGGACAUCGAGGAGAUCGACCGCUCGAUCGAGUUCGGGGUCGGCGGCAGUGCGGCGAGCAAGGGCGGGGACGGCAAUGAGGGCGAGGCCCGGAUUGUGGGGGUCGAACAGGGUCAUGGAGAUAAUGCAGAAGCGCAUGUCACGGAUGGAGCUCGAGAUCGAGCGCUUGAAGGCCGACGGGCCCACGGAGAGGCACGGGAACACCGCGAGGCUGCCGGAUCCGGACGCGUUGAGGCACACCAAGUCACUGGUGUUCAGCAUGCGGAGGAGGAUGAAGACGGACACGGUCAGAGACGAGGAAAUACCGGCACCCUCAUGGAGAACACGCCCUUCUCCACGCGCCUGACCUUAAUGGGCAACGCACUGUCCUUCCCCUGCGACGGGGUCGUGUUGGAGGAGUCGUUGCCCUCGUUCGUUCGUGCCGCCGACGCCGGGCCCGAAGACCUGCAUCAAACGAGAACGGCCGGGGAGUACAAUGAAGAAUCUUGGUUCAGCCUCCUGGACGUUGACCGCAUUCGACUGGAGAUGGUGCCAGUUGCGAACGGGAACAUGCACAUGGAGCAGGGCACGGUGUACGAGAUAGAUGUCGUCAAGAGGACAGACGCGUCCAAUGUCGUGCUGGUGAACCCCAGGCAGCGCGUGGCGAAGAAGAUGCCCAACCCCGUGGACGUGGUUAGACGCGCCGUGGUGAACGUGGUCAAAGACCGAUAA